UUUCUAUGGGUCUAUGCCCGGUAUUUUGCAUUCAUCUAACAGUUUGCUUGAUAGUUCCAUCGCGAAAUGAUCUUUUCCGCCGAGCGUGGAUCGCCUCCAAUGAUGUUGAGAUGUUGGCGAUUAAUAACGGCCGUUCUGAUCUUCAUUUUUGUGGUAGAGUUACAACGAGUUGAUUGCAGUAAAAGUUUUGCCGAAAUAAUCGAUAAUAACAAUAGUCGUGUGGAAAGUUUAAAAAAUGUAAACUUUUUGGUUGGGAUCGCGGAACGCGGCGUGAGUUUGAAAAAUGAAAGUAGUAUUGAAGUACGAGAGUGCGUCAAAGACUUGAAGGUGUUUUUGGAAGCGGUUGAAGCUAAUGAAAUUUGGGCAAUAAAAUUGAUAGAUGCGUUUGGAAACAUGCCGCGUUCGUUUAUUUGGGGGAAUAAUUUCUGGUUUUCAUCAGGCGAGCUUUGCUCAGAUGUCAGUGAACCUUUCUAUAUAUCAUUAUCAUCAAAUAUCCCGCGGGCAACUAGUGGAAACUUAAUGAAUGCGACGAGUCCUUACAAAAUGCAUCUUCAAAUGAUCUACUUCAACUACACAUCUUCGCUACAAUUGGAUUUGAAACAACAGUAUCAGCCAUACAUAGAAAUUGGGUUGUGUGUCUCAGCAAAGUGCCCGAAAGAGGCUAUCGUGAGUUGGACCGAACAGUAUUUCAAGGAUAAGCGAUAUGGCCCUCAACUUGUAUAUGAUAUCGAUAUGGCCACCAUUGAUAGUAAAGUCCCAGAGUUUAAGCUGGAAAUUUUCGCGAGUACAGGAAUAAUUCUCCUUGCGUUAAUUGGUAUCGUAAUAUCAUCACUCGCAGUGUUUGCAGAGGUUACAUAUAUUCUGCAGCAGAGACGUUUAGAAAUAAGCAAAAAUAAGACCAUAGCGGAAGCUUUUCGAGGUGAAAAAUUUGUGAUGUGUUUUUCCCUGCGAGAAAACUUUCCACGUGUACUAAAAGCAACAGCACCCAAGGAUUUUGUACCGGUUAUAGCCGGACUCAGAACAAUUGUCUGCCUCUGGGUUACUUUGCUGCACAUUUACUAUCAUUCAAUGUUUACCAGGAACAACAUUCAGUUCUUAUACGCGAAAUUAGAAAGUUUCAUCUUGCAACCGAUCCUGCAAGCCUGCUUCUAUGUGGAUGUAUUUUUUACCAUCAGCGGAUUUUUACUAGCAUACAACCUUUUAACGAGUUCACACCAUGUAGAGACAAUAAAAUCCAAUACAUUUUUCCAAAACGUGAAGCUAUACGUGAAACUGGUCAUUCAUCGCCACUUCAGACUAAUGCCUGUGUUCAUAUUGACAAUGGUUGUAAGUGACUUUGUUUUUGAUAUCGUCAAUAUGAUCUCACCAUUCUAUGAAGAUUACAAUUGUCUUAUGUUUUACAGGACGUGGUGGUACAACUUGUUAUAUAUCAACAACGCCUUGCCUUUAAGUAGAAUGUGUUCAAGCUGGGGCUGGUAUAUCGCUUGUGAGAUGCAGUUCUACAUAUGCUUCCUUGCAAUUAUGUUUAUUUACAUAAAAAAUGAAGGUGCCGGAAAAGCACUUUUUAUUUCCAGUGGGAUAAUAAUGGUCACCGUUAGCUUCUUUUGUUACUAUUCGAACGGAAUAACUUUCCAGAUCGAUGUAAUCAGUUUGACAACAGAAAAUGUGUACAUAAAACCUUGGACCAGGGUACCACCAUACUUCGGCGGAGUGUUCAUGGGCUGGUUUUUAUAUCGGAUUAGAAACUCAACUGUGAAACUAAGCACGCUCACUAGAACAACGUUCUGGGUGGUAGCCAUAGUGAUUCAUUUAGCGACAAUUUUCAUGAGCUACUGGAAGACGACCCCCGUGUGGCUUGUCUCAUCAAUUAUGUCUUUUGGGAAGGUUCUGUUUGGAAUCUUCAUUGGUAGUUUGAUAAGCAUCUGCCAAUUAGGCUAUGGCGGGGCAUUCGCUAAAGUCAUGGGUUCUAGAUUGUUUUUGUACCUAAACAAAUUUUCAUUUAGUAUGUACAUGGUCGCUCCAAUUGUAAUAACAAUUUUAUUUGGCUUGCGAACUGAGCCAUCAACGUUCAAUGAGUUGACAGCAGCAUCAGAAAUCUUUGCAGUUAUUUUCAUAUCUCAUAUAUUCUCAGUGGUAAUAACUCUUUUCAUUGAAAUUCCAUUCCAAAGGUUAUCGAGUCAGUACAUUUUGAAAAGAGUGUGAUAAUACGAUGUCUAUUUUAUUAUAAUAAGUUAUUAAGUUGUAGCAGAGUAGCUGAGAUAUACAUAAGUUCUACAGUGACAAAAAAUAAAUCCUGUCGGGUGUUAGUUAAGCGAUAUUCCGCUCUGGCGAAAAUAGUACAAAGAUGAACAAAACACUCUGGACACCUUGUAGCUAACACAAUGGAGUACUUGUGAUGCUACGACCUUACCUAGGCAAAAAGGACAUUGUUUAUCACCAUGCCACCAUUUGAUUAUCACCAUAUCUACUUUUUGAUUGUCAAAUUAACUUAUAUCGAUUUUAUACUGAAAUGAGGUGAUUCUUGGUGACCUGUAGUUAAUUUAAUACGCCGAGUUUUAUCAGAAUAAAUGUUUUUUCUAUUGCCUACGUUUUGUUUAGAUUGCUUCACGUUCAGAUACAGCAAGAACAUAUGUAUGUAUAUUACUGCAAGUCAAAUAUGUAUUCACACUAAGCUAGAGUCUUAUUAUAGAGUAAAAUGGAAAUAUAUGUAUGAAUAAAAAUAUAAGAAGUACUUUCUCAAGUCAUUUUGAUCUUCUUUAUUGAGCCGAUUGUCAGAAUAGCAAUAGACUGGAAAUAAUCAUACUUCAAGUGGUCCUUUCCACUGCCAUUGCGACACAGUGUCAAUGGUGGUUAAUCAUCAUAUGGGUUAAUAUUAAUGUUCAAUAGUCAAUCUUCAGUCAUACUAAUAAUAUAAUAUC